UCUUUAAUACCGCUAUACUUUCUGAAAUAUGGAUAAAGAUGAUCAAAUACCUUCUGAUCAAGAGAUUGAUUUUUGUACUCUUGGAAUGUUUAUAAUUGGUAUGUAUUGGGUGUUUAUGUACCUGGUGUUUCUUAUUGUACAGUCAAGUUAGUUGGGUUAAAUUUAGAUGCAUAAAAGGCACCUGAGAAGUCUCAGAGAAUUGAGGUUCAAGGAAAGAUAUGCUAAUAUCGACCAUCAUAUUCGCGUCUCGAAGCUCCAUUUUCCAUAUACAUUAUAUCUAGUGAUAUCUAGGUUGAUUCAUACAAAUUUUCUACUUGGGAUCAUAACUGUUGGCCAUAUUCGUGAAACGGUUGAGAUGUUCAUGUUGUUCAUGCAUGAGGUACAUCCCAUUCAUUGGACUUGGUCUCACCAAUCUUAAGGGUUCAACCACGACAUAUGAGUUUUAAACUAAAUCAUGAAGUCGUGGAAUCUCUCCUGAAAUGAUACGUUUCUUCAAAUUUUAUUGUUUACGAGAAUGGGGAUUAUACUUACUUGUCCGGUUUUAUCCGGUAUUUUACCUUUAUGAUCAAGGAUGAGAUACGUAAUGAAAUUUCCAUCAUUACUACUUCAUUUCUCAUGGUGAUAACAUGACACGACUAUACUUAAUCUGGAUCCACAUAUUAACAUGCAAUCCAGAUGAAAUACACUACCUUCCACCGAGUCCAUCGGUAUACGAUGUCCUCGGUGGCGCCGGUUCGUAUUCCGCCCUAGGAGCCCGACUAUUCUCCCCACCACCCCUCUCCAAGACUAUUUCUUGGAUAGUCGACAAAGGAUCCGAUUUCCCACUAUCAAUAUCCGACCAAAUAGCCCAAUGGCAAACAUCAUGUUUAAUACGUACGGAUCUUUCCCGUCUCACAACCCGUGGCUGGAAUGGUUAUGACAGUAACGAAGUACGAUCUUUCAAAUACACUACCCCGAAACUCCGACUCGACGAAACAUCCUUAUCAUCUUACCCACCACUUUUAUUCUCAAAAUCUUUUCAUCUCAUAUGUUCCCCAAAUCGUUGCAUAGAUCUCGUAACACGCAUCCUAUCACUCCGCAAAUCUCAAUCUCCAAAUCAUCCAAAACCUCUUUUUAUUUGGGAACCAGUCCCAGAUCUCUGUACACCAGAUGAACUCCUAAACUGUACUAACGUCCUGCCAUACAUCGACGUCCUCUCGCCAAACCACUCCGAACUAGCCGGUUUCAUGGGUGACCAAGAUCUAGGCCUCACUCCUUCAGGAGAAAUCUCCACAGAAGCCAUAGAGCGUUCAUGCGAACAAUUACUCGCAUCCAUGCCCCUCCAAUCCUAUUCCAUUGUUGUCAGAUGCGGAGCACUAGGAUGUUACGUUGCGAAAAAUGGAGGAAGAAGUAGAAGAGUCGGUAAAAGUCGGAGAAAACGUCCAGCAAAUAGAUCUAGAGGUGGAUUAACCCUAGAUAUGAAUAUGGAAGAUUUAUUCGCGGGACUAUUGAGUGAUGAUGGGGAGAUAGAAUUCGAAAGGAACAAUUAUACUCCUGUCGAUCCGGGAAUUGAAAAAUGGAUCCCGGCUUUUCAUCAAGGUGGUACAGAGGGUGAAGAGGAAGAGAAAAGCAAGGUCGUAGAUCCAACAGGAGGCGGGAAUACAUUUUUAGGUGGUCUGGCAAUUGCGUUGGCGAGGGGAAAAGGUAUCAUAGAGGCUAGUUGUUGGGGAGCUGUAGCGGCUAGUUUUGCGAUUGAACAAGUUGGUGUACCGGUAUUGGGGGCCAGGGACUAUGGGGAUGGAGUAGAGGAAGGAGAAGCGGAGGACAAAGAGGAAACGUGGAAUGGAGUGGUUGUUAAAGAGAGAUUGAAAGAGUUUAUGGGGAGAGUAAACAUAAACCCUUCAGAGCCGCCUUCUAGGUAGUUAUUGUAUGGGGAUUGUUCAGUUGCUUAGAGGGUGAUAUGUCUCAAUUAAUGCGGAGAGUUGAUGAGAGGGGCUUGAGAUAGACCGUCAAUUAGAUGAUAUAAUGGACUUUUCUUCAGACUGAUGAAAAUGAGGGGAGAGUUGACCAAAAAAGAAAGAAUAACGAAUAAUCUUGUGUAGAUAUAGUAUAUACACAAGUAUCACAAUGGCUCUGAUGCGGAUUUGAUGAAGAGGGCUGAAUUUUAUAGAUU